AUGUCCACAGCCCUAACAUUACUGACAUCAAGGCAUAAUGUCCCUGUCAAGUUUCAAGAUAAUAUCCCUGUCAAGUUUCAAGAUAAUGUCCCUGUCAAUUUUCAAGAUAAUGUCCCUGUCAAGUUUCAAGAUAAUGUCCCUGUCAAGUUUCAAGAUAAUGUCCCUGUCAAGUUUCAAGAUAAUGUCCCUGUCAAGUUUCAAGAUAAUGUCCCUGUCAAGUUUCAAGAUAAUGUUCCUGUCAAGUUUCAAGAUAAUGUCCCUGUUAAGUUUCAAGAUAAUAUCCCUGUCAAGUUUCAAGAUAAUAUUCCUGUCAAGUUUCAAGAUAAUGUCCCUGUCAAGUUUCAAGAUAAUGUCCCUGUCAAGUCUCAAGAUAAUGUCCCUGUCAAGUUUCAAGAUAAUGUCCCUGUCAAGUUUCAAGAUAAUAUUCCUGUCAAGUCUCAAGAUGAUGUCGCUGUCAAGUUUCAAGAUCACAACUAUUUCAGUAUAUCAACCCCACAAAAGUCAGGUCCACAAAAGCCAGGUCCACAAAAGCCAGGUCCACAAAAGCCAGGUCCACAAAAGUCAGGUCCACAAAAGCCAGGUCCACAAAAGGUCCAGGUCCACAAAAGUCAGGUCCACAAAAGCCAGGUCCACAAAAGUCCAGUCAAGUCAGGUCCACAAAAGCCAGGUCCACAAAAGUCAGGUCCACAAAAGUCAGGUCCACAAAAGCCAGGUCCACAAAAGCCAGGUCCACAAAAGUCAGGUCCACAAAAGCCAGGUCCACAAAAGCCAGGUCCACAAAAACCAGGUCCACAAAAGCCCUGA